AUGACCGGCAUCAAUACUGUUCGUGAUGACAGUACCGAAGAACUGCUGAGAGAGUUCGAGGACGUCUUUGGCACCGGUCUAAGCAAGUAUGUGGGGACCACAAUCACCUUCAAUUUGGACCCCAAGGUUGUCCCCAUUAGAUUAAAGCCCUGGAGGGUCCCUAUCGCCCUCCAUCCCAAAAUUGACCUUGAAUUAGACAAGGUAAUUGGCCAAGGGAUUAUGGAGUCAGUUGAUCAUGCACACUGGGAGACUCCUAUAGUGACCCUGGUCAAGCCUGAUGGGUCUGUCCACAUCUGCACGGAUACAAGUGCACUAUCAAUAAAGCCCUACAACAAAGUGCUUAUCCAGUGCCCAUUGUUCGGCAUUUACUUCAUUCCCUUGGCCCGGGAAAAAAUUUAUAGAAGCAACAUUAUUUUGUGGAUUUUUGCUUAUUUGGUUUACUUGUCUGAUCCAAUGAUCUUGAAGAGCAGAGAAAAUAUCUCAGGGAAUGCUGUCACAGAAUUUCUUUUACUUGGCUUUUCUCAUCUACAGAAGAUGCAGCUACCUCUAUUCUGCAUUGUCCUGAUCAUGUAUGUGUUAGCAUUAAUGGGUAAUGCUCUGGUUGUCCUCAUGAUCCAUCUGGACUCCCGCCUCCACACUCCUAUGUACUACUUUCUCAGACAUCUUUCCUGGUUGGAAAUUAUCAUCACCACCACUGUCACACCAAAGAUGCUCAGCAUUCUCAUUUCAGAGAAGAAAUCUAUCUCCUUCUUUGCAUGUAUCUUUCAAGUCACAUUAUACUUUCUGGCAGGAGCCACAGAAGUCCUCCUACUGGGAGCAAUGUCGGUAGACCGCUACUUAGCUAUUUGUAACCCAUUGCGUUACACAGCCAUCAUGAGUAACCAAACAUGUUUCCUGAUGGUGAUUUUCUGCUGGUUCAUUAGUUUUGUUUGUAUUACAAUUGGGAUAGUUUCCAAGUCAACACUACCAUUCUGUGGACCCAAUAUCAUUGAUCAUUUCUUCUGUGAUAUGGGACCCUUGACAAACUUGAUAUGUGCAGAUACCCAGCUUGUUCAAGUUUUAGAAUUUGCCUCAACAUGUUUUACACUGCUUUCCUCUGUCUCUGCCACUACUAUCUCUUAUGUCUGCAUUAUUGUCACAGUUAUAAGGAUGCCUUCUGCCCAAGGUAGGAAUAAAGCAUUUAGCACUUGCAGUUCACAUAUCACUGUGGCCUCAAUCUACUAUGGUAGCUCCAUAUUCAUCUAUGUCAGACCAUCUGGAAGCUCAUCUAUGGAUUUCAACAAGUUAGCAACAAUGCUCAACACAGUAGUAACCCCCUUGCUCAAUCCAAUUAUCUAUAGCUUUAGAAAUAAAGCAGUCAAACAAGUUUUGAAAGAUGGAGUGAAACAUCUUGGUUCUCUCUUUGCAAAGAGAAUAGAUUAA